CGAUGCGCAUACCAUUUGGUUUUAUUCUAUUCAUUGCAUUUUCAACGACACUUUCCUUCGCGCAAGACGAAAAUUCUGAAGAUGUGUUCGACAAACCGCUGGCAAAAGACACAACGACACCCGUAAUGCCUGAUAAUGAUGAUAUGCCGAUGAUGGCUGUUCCGAAAGAAGAAAUGAUGAAUGAGGGAUCAGAUACCUUCGAGACAAGUACAGAAAUGAUCGAACUCUCGCCGAACGACACCUCCCUAGAAGUGAACCCAAUCCAGAAAACGUCCGUCUUCUCCCCAAUAACUCCGCUUGACGGCGGUAUGUUCAACUUCUCCCAGGCAACAAUCGAAGAUGAUAGUAUGGAGGAUCAGGAUGAAUCCACUGAGAAAACAACUCUCGCCGCUGAAAAUACGACUGAAAUGAUGCCAACCACUCCCUUGGAGGUGAUUACGUUCAGCUCCCUUCCGAUUGAGGUUGACGAGGUCGCUGAUAGACGAGUUUUGAAAGAGAAGGAGAUGACACGACCCACUAAACCAGUGACCACAACCCAAUCCACCGUCGCAGUAAGUGACCCAUCAGAAGCUGGAGAUGACGGAGAAACACCAUUUGAUCAAAGUGCACUGGAAGGACUUUUUGAGCAGGAUGGAAGUGUUAUUGAUAGCUCAUUGAGCACAGAUCAGAGCCCCGCAUUCCCAAUUCUGAAAAUGUCUGAGGAAGAGCCAAAGAUUUUGUCGAAUAUCCCGAAAACUACGAAGCAGAUGGUCGAGAGCACUACGACUGGAAUGAAAUCCUCUUCAACAAUGGAAACUACAAAAACUAUGGAAACCACAAUGGACACAACCAUGGCCGAAACCGAGCCAUCAACCCUCUCCACUGACGUCACUACCUCCUCCGAAGAGACCACCUCCACCUCAUCAGAGGAAUCCACGACUUUUGAAGAUAUUUCAACUGUGCCGGUGGCACUUCAAAACUCAUCGAAAGUAUUCCUUCCGGCUAAAUCCAUUCGAACACCAAUAGUUUUUCGUAUUAUUUCACUGGAAUUUGUAGAGGAAUUCAACGAUAUUCAGAGUGGCCCUGCGAAGAGAUUAGCGAAAGAUUUGGUGCCAGCGAUCGGAGAAUUCAUCAAUUCCAUUUCGGGAGACGACAAUUUUGUGAAUGUUGAAAUCAAGUCACUGACCAAAGGAUCAGUGGUUGUCGGAGCCGACGUGCUCACCAAAAAAUCACUUGGUGAUGCUCAAAUGGCUGUUAAUUUGUUCGAAGCCGCAUUUUCACGCAAUAACUCUAUGAUUUCGGAUUACAAGAUUGAUUCGUUGAGUGUUACUGUUGACGGAAUGACGUCACAAGCGUACAUCGAUUCUAUUUCCACGCAAACUUCAUCAUAUUCCUUAUCAUCGCUGAUGAUUGUAAUCAUCACUUUCGCAUUGGUCAUCAUUUUCGGAUUGGCGAUCUUCAUUAUCAUGAUCACCACAAAACGGCGACGUCAAUCGACGAUGAAGCUGAGCAUGGACGACACGAUCCGUAGCAACACACCGGAAUCCGACGACGCUCCGCAUAACGUGCAUUUAAUGUCAUACGGAACAACGCCUAGACCAUCUCAAAAGCAGCCGGGACCAAUCACAAAAACACAAAUCGACGAGACGAGCUCACCUAUGUAUUGAUUUAUCGAUUUUUUUUCAAUUUCUUAAAUAUCGAUUUUUUUGGAUUUUAAAAAUUGAUUUUUAUGAUUAUAAAAAAUCGAUUUUUUUGAUUUUUCCAAAUCAGAUUUAUUGAUUCUAGUGAUUUUUAAUCAAUAAUCAACAAUAUAAUCGAUUUUCAAAAAAUCAAUAAAAUUUAAUUUUAAAAUUCAACAUUAUCGAUUUUUCAAAUUGUUCAAAAUUCUUCCGAAUUUCUCAUCUCAUUUUCUAGGUUACCUCUUCUCUCAUUUAACCCAUUUUUCCGACAGAUUUUGAGCCAAGCUCCGCCACCCGCCUCGGGGCUCCCCCGAGAAACCUCUGGUGCGCGCCCUUUCUGUAAAUAAUCAUUUUCCCGUCCGUUUCCCCCUACUUGCCAUAUCAUCGAUAUAUUCCGUUUAUUUAUUGGAUAAAUUUUUUUGCAAACAAAAAUUUUAUUUAAA